AUGUUUAACUACGAACGUCCAAAACACUUCAUCCAGUCCCAGAACCCAUGUGGCUCCAGAAUGCAACCUCCUGGACCUGAAAUCUCCAGCUUCUCCAGCCAGACCAAACAGUCUUCAAUUAUCAUCCAGCCAAGCCAGUGCACAGAGCAAAAAUUUUCUGCCUCCUCAACAAUGAGCUCUCACAUCACUAUGUCCUCCUCUGCUUUCCCUGCUUCUCCUCAGCAGCAUACAGGCUCCAACCCUGGCCAAAGGGUGACAGCUCCUUAUACUCAAUCCCCAGCCAGCUUCCUCAGCUCCAUAUUGCCAUCACAGCCUGAUUACAGUAGCAGUAAAAUUCCAUCCACCGUGGAUUCCAACUAUCAACAACCUUCAGUUCGACAAUCUGUAAAUACUACACCAUCACAAAGUGCAAAUGCUAAGUCUACACCAAGGACUCCUAACCAUGAAAUACAAGGAUCAAAAGAAGCUCUGAUUCAAGAUCUUGAGAGAAAGCUAAAAUGCAAGGACAGCCUUCUUCAUAAUGGAAACCAAAGAUUAACAUAUGAGGAAAAGAUGGCUCGCAGAUUGCUAGGACCACAGACUGCAGCUGCUGUUUUCCAAGCUCAAAAUGACAAUGAGACACAAGAUUCUCCACAGCACAAUGCUGAGCAUGCGCGACUGCAAGUUCCUAUGUCACAAGUAAGAAGUCGAUCACCUUCGAGGGGAGACGUGAAUGAUCAGGAUGCAAUCCAGGAGAAAUUUUACCCUCCUCGUUUCACUCAAGUGCCAGAGAACAUGUCAGUUGAAGAAGGAAGAUUCUGCAGAAUGGACUUCAAAGUGAGUGGACUGCCUGUCCCUGAUGUGUCAUGGUAUCUAAAUGGAAGACCAGUUCACACAGAUGAAUUUCACAAAAUGAUUGUGUCUGAGAAGGGUUUCCAUUCACUCAUCUUUGAAGUGGUCAGAGUUUCAGAUGCAGGAACUUAUGCAUGUGUUGCUAAGAAUAGAGCGGGAGAAGCCAAUUUUACUCUACAGCUGGAUGUCCUAGCAAAGGAACACAGAAGAGCACCAAUGUUUAUCUUCAAACCACAGAGCAAGAAAGUUUUUGAGGGAGAAUCAGUGAAGCUAGAAUGUCAAAUUUCAGCUAUACCACCACCAAAGAUUUUUUGGAAAAGAAAUAAUGAAAUGGUGCAUUUCAACACUGAUCGAAUAAGCUUAUAUCAAGAUAACACUGGAAGAAUUACUCUGUUGAUAAAGGAUGUAACCAAGAAAGAUGCCGGUUGGUAUACUGUGUCUGCAGUUAAUGAAGCUGGAGUGAUUACAUGUAACACAAGAUUAGAUGUCACAGUCCGUGCAAACCAGACUCUUCCAGCUCCUAAGCAGUUACGAGUUCGACCAACUUUCAGCAAAUACUUAGCACUGAAUGGGAAAGGUUUGGAUGUAAAACAAGCGUUUAACCCUGAAGGAGAGUUUCAGCGUCUGGCAGCGCAAUCUGGACUCUAUGAAAGUGAAGAACUUUAA